AUGAACUACAGCAUCACCUCGAUCGAGUCUGAUUUGCUAAACUUGCACAAUUCAACUGUUUUGAACAAUACAAAUGCAACUGCCACUUCGCUGUCAUUGCUAAAUCUUGAUUUACAAUCAUGGAUCUUACAAGAGCUCGCCACGGUGGUUUUGAUAUUGUGCUUUUCGUUGACAUUGAUCACGAUAGGAUCGUACUCAACCAUAUCCAAACCUAAAGAUGCUGGAGAUCCAAGAGACGACAUGUAUUCAAAUGAAAAUUUUGAUCCAACCGAUAUGGACAAUUCCAGAUAUUUCAUUACGAAUAAAUUCGGUUUGGAACUGAUUGGAAUACUGGAAUUAACGUGGACUCACGUGUUUAUGUUUCCAGUUGUUGCUGGAUUGGCCAUUUCGGGGAUGUAUUAUUGCCUCAAGAAUAAAAUUUCAAUCAGUUCCAUCAUCAAGUGGUACUUUAUCUUGUUAACGCCAGCAAAUACAUACUUUACAUUCAAUACAUUGUUGACUAUGGCGGCGAGGAGAGUCACACAUCUUUUUGGGAAGGAUUCACGAGCAGUGUUUGAGAGGUAUAGAUUUGCCAUUGCCAAAGAUCAAGAGUUGUUUCCUCUUGGUGUAUUGGAGAAUAUUGACCUUGACAAGUUUAUCGAUGAGGGUGAGAACACCAAGGGAAAGAAAACAGAUGACGAUUCCGAGGAUGAUCCAGCAGCAAAGAAGGUGGUCAAGACUUUAAAACUCAAGCAGUACAUUGAGGACCAGAAAUUGACCAUAUUUGGCGAAACGGAUUUGCAAUCGGGUGCAUUUGAGUUUGAUGGUGUGUUUGAUCUAAAAUUUUUACUUUUAUUGCCAGCAUCGCUUUUCAUUAGCUACACAUUUUAUAAAAACUACACCAGUUGGAAAUGGAGCAAUUUCAUUGCCUUUAAUUUUGUUAUUUCAUCCUUUUCACAAUUUCAAUUGACAAAUUUCAAGUUGGCGUAUGGUUUAUUAUUGGGAUUGUUUUUCUAUGACAUUUACUUUGUUUUUGGUACUGAGAUUAUGAUGACUGUGGCCACAAAGAUGGAUGUACCUAUGAAGUUAUCAAUUCCCAAAUUGUAUGAUUCGGGCCUCAGUAUUUUGGGAUUGGGAGAUAUUGUUAUACCUGGCUUGCUAUGCAACUUGUGUUUACGAUUUGAUGUUGCCAGACACUACAAGAAAAAUACUGAUGAACCAUUUCAUCAUUUGACAAAUUAUCCAACACCAUAUUUCACCGUUAGUUUAAUCUUUUAUUCCAUAGGAAUCAUUGCAACUUUGGUGGCACUCAAUGUGUUUCAAACGGGACAGCCUGCAUUGUUGUAUAUUGUGCCAAGUUUGUUGUUGGGAAUUACUGGAUACAGUUUUGCCAAGGGUGAAUUGGAUCAAUUUUGGAGUUUUUCCGAUAGUAUAAAGCCAUUUGAUCACAACGAUGGAGAUGACUCCGAUGAAGACGAGGAGUAUGUUCCUGAAGAAAUUGAUGAUGAAUUGGACGCGUUCAUUGCCAAGGUGGAAAGAAAAAGAGCUCAGGAUGAAGGAUUGAGUGAGACUGAUAUUGACGACUUGUAUAACGAGGACGACGAUGAUACUUUCGUAAUUGAAGUGGACGAGGGGGAGGAAGAAGGAGAAGAUGAUGGCGACAGCGAUGAAGAAGAUAGUGACGAAGGCAUAGAUACAGAGGAAUCUGACGAAGAUGCUGGAUGGGAAUUUAGAGAAGAUUUGUCUAUUUUGAUUAGAGAUUUGAAUGAUGAACCAAGGGAGUGGUAUACAAGUGAUGAAGAAGAGGACUGA